CAAUUAGCCUCUCCAGUAAAUUCUGCCAGGAAAACUUUAAAUAACAGACAGGACAAAGAACUGCAGACUAUAGAAGAUGCCUUCGUGACGUUCGUAUCUCCAAUAUAUUCGGAAUCUUCUUCAUCCAUAACUUCAAAGAAACAUUCCGCCACAGCUUUGGAGAAACCCGGAGAAAGAACUAAAAUAAGCGACUCGGAUCAACAAGAGGCAACGCCAGCUGGACGUCCAGAGUCUUCCAUUUCAAAGCUCUCUGAGAUGAUAUCUGCAGAAAGUAAACCAAGGGAUGUUGCCAACAGGGCAUCCUCAUGUGACAACCAACCUUACAUCUCGAAGAAGUCACCUUCCAAUGAUUCAUUAAGUAAAGCAUCACAGGCUAAGAAGGACACCUCAAGUCCUCAAGAGGCCGCUUCUGAGAGAGAUGCAGAAUCUUCUUCAUCCAUUGCCAAUAAAGCAUCAUCGGGAGAAAAUCACCAUUCGCCACGACCGAAAAUCUCGACGAGUUCCGCUUGGAAAGAUGCGGCAAUAUCUGACUCCACACCCGGCACAGCCAAUGCUUCUUCUGAGAACUCCCAAGCAACGCAGGAUCCUCAGGAAGGACUACCAGAACUCACAGCCUAUCCCUCAAUCGAUCCCAGCGAGUUGGAGUUCAUUAUGUCUGACAACGGAAAGGAAGUGGCACUUGGGUCGGGUUCUUGUGGUGGAGUCCUACUGAUGCGUAAUAUAGAAGACAACACUCCCCUUGCUGUCAAGGUGCUGGUUAAAAACUUCUCUGACUUACAGUACGAGGUGGCAGCCAUGCAUGCGGUGAUGAACUGCCCCUACUUCCCCAGAUUUGUAGGAGUCAUCGAUUACUGUUCUUACGCCCAAGAGCUUGUGGGCGGUGUGGACAGUAACAUGGCUUUCAACUUCAGCAAGGCGCGGAACGACUACGAUCUCUUAUACGCGUUAGAGUGGCUGCACGUCUGCCGUGAUGUCACGGAGGGACUCAAGGCUUUACACGCUGCUGGCUGGCUUCAUAACGACCUACACUGGAAUAAUGCCAUGGUGUGUCCCAAUCCACCAGGCUCUGAGGUGGCUUGGUGUGGCAAGAUCAUCGACCUGGGACUCGCCUCGCAGAUAUCAAAUCCAGGCCCAGUCGCGAUCCUGGAUGACGAGGAACAGAGGAGGGUCUAUAAAUAUAGCAAACAUUGUGCGCCCGAGAUUCUGGAAAGCAGAGACGCUUACAAUGAGAAGACUGACAUCUACAGCCUUGGCCAUCUCUUCGUGCAUUCUGUAGCCGGUGGUGCAAACUCCCUCCACGGUCUCCGUCUGCUAGGCGAGUCCUGCAUGAGACGAAGUCCCGAUGCUCGCCCAACACUUGAGGCCGUCUCGGGGAAACUAGGCGAUCUCAUCACGGAGAUGAUGCAGGCUGAGCAGCAGCAGCCUUCCAGCCCGACUCCCAUUCCUCCUUCCUCAACCUCUCCUUCUCCUAAUCUCCGUUGCCAUCUCAUCGCGGAGAUGAUGCAGGCUGAGGAGAAGCCUUCCAGCUCGACUCCUAUUCCUCCUCUCUCCUCCUCUCCUCCUCCUAAUCUUCGUUGCCAUCUCAUCGCGGAGAUGAUGAAGGUUGAGCAGCAGCCUUCCAGCCCGUCUCCUAUUCCUACUUCUUCACCCUCUCCUUCUAAUCUUCGUCGCCAUCUUUGUUAGUUUAUGAAAUCCAGAAUCGCACAGAAAGAGAUCGGCCGCAUUCAAAUCGGAUGUUUUUGACUACGAUUACAAA